AAUGAGAGCAGGCGUAGUGCUGUCUGCACAUUCAUUGUUUUCACAGGGACUUAUGUCCACCUAUGGAGCUAUUUAUGUGUUAAACCAAUGACAUGUACAACAGCCCACACACUGGGUUACAAAUGAGCUCAGUCUGUAUCGUAGCGCGAUUUAAUUUUGUGUUACAUACCAACGUUAUAUUUUUAUUUGUAAACAACCUUUUACUAUAGGAGUUCAUUUACACCACGUCGCUUCAAAGCAUGAACAUGGAUGAAGAUAAUCGAGUGCCUGAAGAUCUUUCACUUGAAGAGAGAGAUGAACUGUCAAACAUCAGACAGAGGAAAAAGGAACUUCUAGAUGACAUUGAGCGGUUAAAGUUUGAGAUCUCUGAAGUAAUGACAGAGAUUGAGCAUUUAAUGUGUGUCAGAGAGACUAAAAGCAUUCAGAGAAACAAGCAGAUUGCUGUUGGAAGAAAGAAAUUCAAUAUGGAUCCUAAAAAGGGAAUUCAGUUUCUUUUGGAGAAUAAUCUUCUGCAAUACACACCUGAGGACAUCGCUCAGUUCCUCUAUAAAGGCGAAGGCUUAAACAAAACUGUCAUAGGAGAUUAUUUAGGGGAAAGGGACGACUUCAACAUUAAGGUUUUGCAGGCUUUUGUGGAGCUUCAUGAGUUUGCUGACCUAAACCUGGUGCAAGCUUUGAGGCAGUUUUUGUGGAGUUUCAGACUUCCGGGUGAAGCACAGAAGAUUGAUCGUAUGAUGGAGGCCUUUGCUGCUCGAUAUUGCCAAUGUAACCCAGGUGUCUUUCAGUCCACAGACACAUGCUACAUUCUCUCGUUCUCUGUCAUCAUGCUCAACACCAGCCUACACAACCCUAAUGUCAGAGACAAGCCCACAAUGGAAAGGUUUAUCAUAAUGAACCAGGGAAUCAAUGAGGGAGGUGACCUGCCUGUGGAGCUGCUCAGAAAUUUAUAUGAGAGCAUUAAGAAUGAGCCUUUCAAAAUUCCUGAAGACGAUGGGAAUGAUCUUACUCAUACAUUCUUUAAUCCAGACAGAGAGGGAUGGCUGCUAAAGCUAGGAGGAAGAGUGAAGACCUGGAAGAGGAGGUGGUUCAUUUUGACGGAUAAUUGUCUUUAUUACUUUGAAUACACAACAGACAAGGAGCCACGGGGGAUCAUUCCACUGGAGAAUCUUAGCAUACGAGAGGUAGAGGAACCAAGGAAACCAAACUGCUUUGAGCUGUACAACCCUAGUCACAAGGGGCAGGUAAUAAAAGCAUGCAAGACAGAGGCAGACGGAAAGGUGGUGGAGGGGAAUCACGUGGUGUACAGAAUAUCAGCACCCACGCCAGAGGAGAAGGAAGAGUGGAUCAAAUCCAUCAAGUUCUGCCCCCAUUUGGAGGUCUCCGGCCUGCAGCUAUACCUACUUGGAAGUCGCCAGCUCUCAUUGAAAAUGAAUGAGAUGAGGUCACCUUGUUGCUGGAAGUUGCUGCAUGUGUGAACGGGGCUUAAUGAAUAUGGAAUGAUCCAAGUGCACUCAAGGUUAAAUGGGCUUUCAUUAAGAUAAAUCAGCAUUUAUCACUGGAUAAAGGGUAACAUAAACCACUUAUUCUUUCACUGUUUGGCCAUGGCUUUGUUUCUUGCUCUGUUUUCUUGCAUGGCCUAAAACAGACUUUUUUUGGUUCAUAAAUACAGUAUUUCUCAUCAUGUUAUUGAAAUGACAUAAGAACUCCCAAAUCUUCCAUAGUAUAGUACCAUAGAGGUAAGCGUCUAGUUAACACAUGUCCUCUGACUCAACUGGAAUAGUGUCAGUCUGUUCUGUGGUCAGUGAAGACCGGUGUUUUUGUAGCAAAAGCUGCCUCAGCAUGUCCCAUGCAACUGCCGGGAACUCUGGGCCACCCCCACACUUAAUAGUAAAACCAUGUAACUCUUUAUUUACAGGUUUUUAGAAUCCUAAAAUUCCUUAAUGCUCAUUAAUUAAAAACAAUACUGUUACUGUUUUUGGAAAUAAGGGUCAUUCUAUGAAAACUGAUUUUUAAAGAACAUUUUUUGUAAUAUUUUAAACAUUUUAUGAGGUAUACAAUGUGUUUAAGGGUUAAUAAAUUGCAUUGUGCCAUCUGAAACUAAAUUAAGGUGCUUCUUAAAAAGACAAUUUAAUACUAAUAUUUCUACAAAUAUCCACUUUGAAAUGAUCUAUUGCUGACUGUACAAAAUCAUAAUAACAGAGUUGGCAUUUGAAGAUCCUAUUUUCCUAUUAACAAAGAUAAUAAAAUAUGAGAUAAAGUGAUAAAGAUAAAAUAGAAAAUACUUUAUAGCUUGUACUUGAAAAAUACACUUCUUGAAAGGAUGAUGAUGUCAUUAUGACAAGUUUUUAUGUAUGAAAUAGUUGAUCUUUUUUAAAAUGGGAAAGAUAUUAUGGUAAGACGGUUGACUCAUAAUGUUUUUUGAAUUAGUCAUUAGUCUUUUUAGUAAUACAUUAGGUCAAAUAAAAUCUAUAUAAAUAUAUAGAGAGAGAAUAAAAUCAAAAUGCUAGCUUUUAUUUCCAUGUUGGCCUAUUUUGUAUUCACAGCAAUUUGCAUAUUUGUUAAUAUAGUCGGAAAGACAUGCCAAAAAUAUAUCCUCAUCAUGAAAAAAAAAAAAAAAAGAAACAACAUGGAUAUAAAAGCUAGCAUUUUAGAUGUAAUAAAGAUGGAUUUUUGUUGAUUCAUUUAGAAAAAAUUUGUUUAUUAAAGGAAUAUUCCGGGAUCAACACAAGUUAAGCUCAAUUGACAGCAUUUGUGGCAUAAUAUUGAUUACCAUAAAAAAUUAUUUUGACUUGCCCCUCCUUUUCUUUAUAAAACAAAAAAACUAAAAUUAUAACCACAAGACAAUGUGUGUUAACAUGAUUUCAGUGUGAUAAAAUCGCUUAUUAACCUUUUCUGUGUAAAGUUAUAGCCAAUUUUACAACUUCGUUGCCAGGACAGUGUAGUGUCAACAAACCCUAAAACGACUGUAAAAAUGACUUUACAGCUUAAAUAACACAUGAGUUUUAACAGAAGAAUUAACGUAAGAGCUUUUGUAAAAUUAUAAGCUUCACAUUUCUGCCUUUCAACUCUCCAAAAAUGGUCCCCAUUCACUUCCAUUGUAAGUGUCUCACUGUAACCUCAAUUUUUCCUUUUUUUUUUUUUUUAAAGAAAAGGAGGAACAAAUUGAAAUAAUUUCUUGUGGUAAUCAACAUUAUGCCAGAAAUGCUGUCGAAUGAGCUUAACUUGUAUUGCUGUAAAUCUGGCAUCAGAUAUCCAAGUUAUUUUUACACAUACUGUAUAUGAAGGGCUCAAAUGGCACCCGUUUUAUAGAAAGAUCAUAACAUUCUUCUAGAUACGUAUUGUUUUUUUCAGUGGGAAUUUACAGUUCAUUUUCA